CCUGCAACAACGUAACGCACUCAUAAAUAUGCAACGCACCCUUUCCUUCACACAACAAUGGAAACUCACUGUGGUGCUCACUGGAGUGCGUUUUUUCCCCUACUCUUUCUCUCUCUCUUCUCCACCGUCGGAUCAUCGUCCCCCGCUGCUCCAGCAUCGUCCGCCAUACGAUUCAGACUGGCGCCAGGGGCCGCGGAGAGGCAGGUUCCGAUGCGGGCGGGUGCACCCUUCAAGAUUGCGGUGUUCGCGGACCUGCAUUUUGGGGAGAACGCGUGGACCGAGUGGGGCCCACGCCAAGACGUAAAUUCCAUCAGGGUCAUGAAUACGGUGCUCCAUCACGAAAAUCCAGAUUUUGUAAUAUAUCUCGGUGAUGUCAUCACGGCUAACAAUAUAAUGAUUGCAAAUGCAAGCUUGUAUUGGGAUCAGGCAAUCUCCCCAACAAGAAAUAGAGGCAUACCGUGGGCCAGUGUAUUUGGAAACCAUGAUGAUGCUGCAUUUGAGUGGCCAUUAGAGUGGUUCUCUGCACCUGGAAUUCCUCCAAUUCACUGCCCUCAAACUGCAACUUCUUAUUCAGGAGAAGAAUGUAGCUUCAAAGGAACAGGACGAUUGGGCCUAAUGACAAAUGAGAUCAAGAACAAUGGAUCAUUUUCUAGCUAUGGCCCUAGAAAUCUUUGGCCAAGUGUAUCCAACUAUGUCCUUGAAGUUUCAUCACCAGAUGAUCAGCAAUCACCAGUGGCUUUCCUUUACUUCCUCGAUUCUGGUGGUGGUUCCUAUCCAGAAGUCAUAUCUAGUAGCCAGGUAGAAUGGUUUAGGCAGAAAGCUGAAGAAAUUAACCCUGACUCAAGGGUUCCGGAGAUUGUUUUCUGGCAUAUUCCAAGUACAGCUUAUAAGGUGGUGGCUCCAAAAUCUGGCAUAGAAAAGCCUUGCGUAGGUUCAAUCAACAAGGAAGAUGUUGCUGCUCAAGAAGUUGAAACCGGUAUCAUGGAUCUUCUUGCGAACAGAACUUCUGUCCAGGUAAAGUCAAAGCCAGCCUCCUAUAUUUGUCAUAUCCUCAAGAACUAUCUGCAGAACAAAAAUCAAAUCCACAAGACCCCACUUGUUAGGUUUGAAGUUUGAACCACCAGAUGUGUUUGUUUGAUGACUAAGUUUUGAUUUCCAUGAUGGAUGCAAGGAAACUGUUUGUUUGUCAAAUGUAUUUAUUGGGAAAUUGUGUGAAGCAUGAAGGUUUUAAAAAGAGAUUUUCAAAGUAUUUUAUCAGUGUGUUAGACCCUUAUAAUUCUGUUAGAGAUUUAGGAAAGAUGGGGAUAUAGUAAUGAGUUUGUACUCAGACACUUAAUGACUAGGUUUCUUCUCACCCAUGGAUAUAGAUGAAGGCUGUUGUCUAAAACAUAUUUGAUGCACCUUCUGUUUGAUUAUUGAUUUUACUUUGUGGUAGGUAUUUUUAAAGAUGUGGUAGUAUCAAUUAAUUAACUUGAAUGCCUAGGUGGCCAUCGUAAGUGUACUGCAUAACUAGAACUAGGAGGGGAGUUGGAUCCUACUUUGACAUCAAUAGAAAAAUGGUCUUAUUUGUGAAAAAUAUGCUAGUUACCCCUCUCUACAAAACACACAUCACAUCUUUAGAAGAUUUAAAGAGUUGAUGUGUGCAGAAAUGAGCGAUAUGAC